AGAAUGAAUGAAGAAAAUAUUUUUUACAACAAUCCUUCAACCAUUUCCUCACUUCAUCAUUCAACAACAACCUCCUCCUUCAAAUCACUUAUAGACACAGCUUCUUUAUUUUUGUUUGAAGACAGCAAUAAUAAUAUUGGCAGUAAUCCCGAUGCCGUUAUAAAUACUUCAGUUAAUUCUACUUCAAAUUCAAUUAUAAAUGAUACCUUUGGCGCUGAUGCUGAAGGGGGUGGUGCUAUGUCUAAAUGUCUUUAUGAUGAACCCCCUCUAACUAAAUUACGCUUCGUUAUUGUUACAUGUAUUGGCACAAGUAUAGCACUUUGUUCUAUUCUCGAGAAUUCCUUUUUCUUUUAUUUGUUUUCAACACGCAAACACCAUCGUCACUCUUUCAAUUGUUAUAUGAUGUUUAUUGCCCUUUUUGAUAUUCUUAUUAGCAGUUCUUACAUUUUUCUAAUGUCAAUGAAUGUUUUGAUGGAUUUUUUACAGUCAUUAACACUAUUUAGGAUAUGGCAUUAUUACAUGGUGCCGAUGAUUACUGUCUCUCAUUGUGCAAUAACUUCAGGCUCAUUCCUAAUUCUUGCAGCAACGAUUGAACGCUUCUUUUUAACAGCAAAUUCAAGAUAUAUUCGUGUAAUCCAAAGAAAUAGAAAAUAUGUAAUUUUAUUUGCGAUCCUGAUGGGGAUUCUUUCUAAAGUUACUAUUUGCUUGGAAUUUAAGAUCUCUUAUCGAAAUGAAUGUGCUGAUACAAUGUCUGAAAUAGAUAUUGGAUUUGCAGAUUUUGUUUUUGAUACAGACUACCAUUUGUAUUUUCGUUUCUACUACCGCAAUUUUGUAACAAUCUUCUUUCCAUUCUUUGCACUUUUAUUUCUCAAUUUUAAAAUUAUUCACGUUCUGGCAAGAUAUGAAAAAGAAAAUUAUCAGUUUCAACUGCUCAAUUCAUCUACGGCUACCGCUAAACAAAUUAAAAGAAAGAAAAUAACUAGAGCAGCAACAAUUACAACAAUUUUGGUUGUCUGUACAUACCUUGUUUCGAACAUUAUUAGCGUCGCACUUACUACAUGGGAACAUAUUGAUAAGGAUUCCCUUAUGUCUGAUUAUCUACAGUAAGUUUAUUAUUAUUUUAAAUACCUAGUAGUUGAUUAUCUUGGGAUAAUCAUAUAGACAAUAUGUCUUAAUAUCAGUUAUAAUAUUUGUUUAUUUUUGUGACUGAAAUGGGAUUUUAUUUAGUCCUGGACCGCUCUGAAAUUGGAUCUAUUCGUAUAUCCGCCUGUUUUCAAUUGUUUUCGUUUCCCUAUACAUAUUUCUGUCCACAGCUAUUUCGACACCUAGAGGGGCACAUACGACUCAGCUCGAGGAUCCGAAGGAUAACUAAAUCGACUCAUUCGGAACAGCC